AGAUUCUCGAGGGAUGGGUAAUUUUCAAAAAGAGAAUGAAAGGAAGAACUACCUUUUACGUAAGGCGAGACGCUGCUAUGCUAAAAAAGGACAGUCGAGAAGGUACAAUUCAUCAGUAUAUCAAUUUGCAACUAUAGAACUUUUUAUCCAAAAAUGGGCAAAAUAUAUGGAUUUAGCUUUAACAAGAAUAUGCCAGUGGAAACAUGUUGUUCGAAAUAUCAGAGUCAAGGCAAUAUAUUAUGUUAAGUAGGUAUGUAGUUGAAAGCAAGAUACUAUGGCAACAACGCCCGUUUCCUACAACUGGUUACCCGUUGCCAGGGUGGAACGUUACGAACGUGAUACAUCGCAGACACAAUAUGAAAGUAGUUCCUGACCCCACAGGUGCACCGGGAAAUGUACUGAGGAUUGCCUACAAGAAAAAUUCAGUCUCAGGGAAAAAGAACAACAUCGGGGGUGUGCGAUUUCUAGCACGACCGUUUCCCCCACAGAAUUCUUGUACAUUAACCUAUGAGAUAUAUUUUGCCCCAAACUUCCAUUUUGUGCUUGGUGGCAAGUUGCCGGGAUUAUAUGGCGGAAGGGGUACAUGUAGUGGCGGAAGAUCUUCAAUGUGUUAUUCUACAAGAUUCAUGUGGAGGAGGAAUGGCGCUGGGGAAAUCUACCUGUACAGUCCUAUGACACAAGCAAGUGACUUUUGCAGUCGUCCUGAAGUGCAUUGUAACUUUGAUUACGGUCAUUCUCUAGGACGUCGUUCCUUCCACUUUACAAAGGGCAAAUGGAUAAAAAUUCAGCAAUACAUAAGAAUGAACGCUCCUGGACGUAGGGACGGUAUUGCCAGGGUAUGGGUUGACGGACGACUUGUUCUCUCUAUGACGGAUAUCAACUACCGUGGUACAACCAGCGUCAUGGCAAACGCCAUCUAUUUUUCCACGUUCUUUGGAGGAUCGUCAUCUCGAUGGGCCUCUGCUGUUGAUACAUUCACUUAUUACAAAAAAUUCGAAAUCUGGGAUCACCAGCCAUCUUUCAGAAUUGAAUGAAUCUGCUACACACAUGGUUUUGAGAUUGAUUUGAGAUCUGAAACGGCUGGCGUUGCCCCCCGGCGUUCCCUUUACCAAGGUGGGUACUCAGCCCGGGGCACUAAGGCACGUCGAUUUAUGAAUUACAAUAAGCUUGACCUAGGAUGAAGAAAAGCCAUUUCGUUAUUAUCGUAUGCUGUAUGAGACUUUCCUACAUAGGCCUAAAUAGACAGAGUUAUAGUGGUUUGAAAAUGUCCACCCAGACUCACACAAAGCAACACUUUCUUAUUUUUAAUGCAUGCAAUAUUAAUUCCUUGAGAUUUGACCGUAUGCUCACGUAGAUGCCAUCAAAAAUGAUAUUCUUAUUGGAAGCCUUCGAGUAAAAGUUAAUAUUUAAAAUAUAGCACCAUGGCUUCUUGAUUUUAAUUAAGAAUCUAUCAUAUUUCAAACAAUUGAAAUAUGAUUGUAGGCCUAAUUGACCUUAUUCCCAAGUGAAGAAAUACAAGGACGUUUCGAGUCAUAUCCAAGUUUCGCAAUUCGCUAAAGGAGUGGUAGCGAUAUGGUGAACUUUUUAAACACACGUUUCUCUUAAACCAGUC